CUUGGAUGUCCAACGCAUUGCAAAUAUGCCGCAUCCCAAGCAAUUCCGACGUUGCAGGGAUCGGCGUCCGAGCUGCAACCUACCUCCAAGCAUGCCUCGCCUUGUUCAUGAGCUUUUCAAGCGUCGUUUACCGCACGGUGCACUUCUCCUCCACUCUUUGGGUCGGUGAAAAACGAGACGAGUCAAUGUCGAUAAUCGAGGAGCGGGCUUUCCAAGUCCCCCCCACUCUCACAGAAGCCAUAAAAUCCGUGGAGAGUGCCCUUUUCAUCACGAGUAUAUCUGUACUCAUCGGUGCGAUGAUCCAAGCAAGGUCGUCCAGCGGCCUUAGCCCCUACCAUGCGCUCGUCGUCCUGAACUUGGCCCAGAUCAACAGCUACACGGCCUACCUGUUAUUCCUCUGCCGGCUGACCGCCGACGAUCCCGGAGCCUCGGGCUUAGUCUUCCUCAGACUGAUGCUCAGGAUAGCACUACGCAACUACGUCCUGUUCGCGGUUCACUCAUGCAUGAUGGGCGCGUUUGGGUUAUGGUUCUGGGGUAACACCAGCGCGUUCCUACGCUACGCGUCCGACUCGGCAUCCAGCAAUGACGGACCGUGCAACCCAGUCUCGCAUUAUUGGAUAUUCACGCCAGUGCUUUCGGAUAACCAAGUCUUGCGGAUUUUCUUCCUGAUAUACUACUCCGUCUCAGCAUGCCCUCCCAUCGCUUUCUUGGUCCCAAUGGCGAUGACAGCCCUCAUCUUCGGAGCCGUAUGGGUUGUCCUGUACACGCUCGCAUUCAUCUGUAUCGUCCUUUUCGCACCCGUCCUUCUGGUCCUAUAUCUCUCCGGCAUCCACGACAUCCAGAAAUGGAUAGAAAACAAACUCGAAUCCCUCGAAACCAAGUUCAGCGCCAUGCUCGAUUUCUCAAAAGUGAGGUGGGGAGCGGCAGUAGCAGGCUCGUUAUGGUUGCUACCGAUCAAUCUUCCCGUCGUCUUCUACCUCUUCGCUACGGAGAAGAUGAUUAGGAUGAACAGGCCGAUUUUGGAUGAUGCGGAGGCGGAGGCUCAGUGGUCUUAUGGGCAGACUUUGGCGCUGAUCACGGCCCUGGUGACUGUGGUGUUCUUCCUCAGGGAUGUGGGUAAGCUGGUGAUCGAGUUGCAGCGAAAUAGUGCGAAAUUCCAGGUUGUUAUACGACCCAGUGAUAAAGCGGACGAUGACAGCAUAGGUUUAAGGAGGUGCAGGACAGUUUAGCUUGACCGCAUCUAUUUGAUUUCUAGACAGUCGAUAGAAGGCUUACAAGUCCCUCUAUCUCAUUGGAAAGAAUUCAAUUUACCCCUACAUAGAGUUGACAAUAUCCUUGAUGCAGCAGAGUUUAGGGGAAUGACCCUGUGGUCGAAUUUUUCAAUAAUUCUACCGCGAUACCAGUCAGACGCGAUUUAGUGAAGCAGGAAUCGAAUUAGAAGGGAGGCAGGGGUGGAUGGACUGCUGGGGAUGAUGGUGGUAGCAUUCUCGGAUAGAAAGCCCUGUUACGAGGAAGGUGCGUAACAUCUGCGAAAGACGUCAGCUUUGGCCGGACGCCAAAGAAUAACGAGUAGAAGUAUUAUAAAAAAAAACAGAAGCUCUAGUAUGUCUCUUCAACAUCUAUAACGUU